UGCCAAAAAUAAAACUUGCGCCGUGAGUUUAAUUUUAUUCAUGCUGCUAAGUGAGUGUUGAGUGAGUUUUCUGGAAAAAAGUAGUGGAAAAAGAGGUGGUAGCUUGAGCGUCGAAGCUCAGGCAAAGUUUGCGUCCAAAAUGGUUCACUAUUUAAUUGCAUAAUUUCAGAGCAGACUGAGAUUACACCUUCAGGAAAAAUACUUUUUUGCAAGCGAUGGACAUACGAAAUUGUGUGAUAUGUAUUACGUAUUUUAUUCUGACUGAAACUUCGUCACUUAGAAAAGUUCCACUCUGCUAUGUAUCACUAACAAGAUUAUUCCGUUUAUAUACCUUGUCAAAUUAAUUAGGUAUUCACAGAAAUUCCAGAUAGUAGACCGACACCAGAAAUCACUUGCAUUUAAAAGUCCUUAAAGCAAGAUGAAGUUGUUUAUCUUGAUGCUUGUGGCAUUGUUUAAUUACAACAUCGUCAUGGCCGUAUUGCGCAAACCUCACACUGACCGAGACAAUAGAAUGGCUAUCACAGUGAGGGAUAGGGAAAUCCCCGAUGAUGCAAUAAUCGAGGCCUUUCGGAAGAAGUUAUACGACAAAAUUGCAUCAGUGAAAUGGAAAUCACACAUUAAAAUGUGGGCUGACCUUGGCAUUGAUGCCCUCAGCCACCCCAUAUCAAGGCUAAACGAGAUGGUAAACUCAGUGGGCCAUCAUCCUACCUACGAGUUGUGGAUGGCUCAGCUGCGUCACAAAAUUUGGGAAAAGGGUCAAAAUAUCGUCGUGGUGGUGUUCAAAAAAAUUAAUAAGGUUUUUACAGUUCUGCAUGCCCAUCUCAAGAAAAAAGUCGACGACAUUAUUAAUAAUAAAUCCAAGGACAAAGGAGGUAAGCAUGAGGAAUCUGGCUACGUGGACUACGAUGACUAUAUUCGAGAAUGAUUAGUUGCGUAGCUUUUAUCUUAAGAGAGGUUAAGGCCUUUUGCUGCAACAAACCCCCUGUUAGCCUUUAAAUUUAACUGUAUGAUGGCAUUAGAUAUAAAUAAUAUUAACAAUUGUUUUGCUUUUGAACCAAUUUAAAAUUUGAGGAGACC